AUGAGCUGGUUCGGGUUCGGUUUUAACGCCUUUGGGCAGAUAAGUGGAGGAGACCCUGCUAUUAAUGAAGACUCUGCAGUCGUGUUUACGCCAACAGAAAUUAAGUGUCAUGUUGACGAAAAAUGUGAGAAAUCGAAUUGCUUGCGAGCGAGUUGGAGUCGCAGAGCAUCCCUUCACUCGAAAGGUGGUCGAUCUUUGUGCUUGGCGGGUUUCAACUCUCCGAGUUGGAUUUGUGGUACAGGCUGCACGGACGCUGUUAUCGGAGAGUCUUUCUUAAUCCUUGUUUUUCCGGACAGAGUUGAGUCAUGGGAUCUGGACAACGACGAGAAGAUUCCUGUAUGGACCAUGGACGUCCAAACUUCACGCGAUGGUGCUGAUAAUACUAGUACUAUACCAUUAAUCCCUGGUGGUUACAUCGCCAUUAAACCUCCCUUCUACCGGCCAUUAUCUCCACACCUGAAGGCUACCAGGUUGACUUUAGGUGCAGAGCACUGUGUUCUUCUCAGUGCAUCUGGAGCUGUGUACACCUGGGGACUGGGCAGUCACGGUCAGUUAGGGCAUGGAAGCCUGUCCUCUGAAGAGCAGCCCAAAGUAGUGGAAGCCCUUUGGGGCAUGAGGAUGAGAUGUGUGGCUACAGGAGGCUGGCACACUGCCUGCAUUAGUGAUGGGGGUGACCUGUAUGUGUGGGGCUGGAACGAGAGUGGCCAGCUUGGACUUCCCUCGCAAGCUGUAAGAAAGGCACAAAAGCAUCAAAGUACUCAAGAAAUGGGCUCUUCUUCAUACGGAGAUGAAAAAGAGGGCGAAAAGGACGAACAAGUUUUUAUAUCAAUCCAAGCAUUCCCAGCACUAUUGGACCUCACAUCAUCAUCUGAGGUGAAGACUGUUGGCUGUGGAUCACGACACACAGCUGCAGUGACAUUUGCAGGUGACCUCUACACAUGGGGAUGGGGUCAAUACGGUCAGCUUGGAUACAAGACUUCCUUUUCAGAUGAGCCACACCUUGUGGAGUUCUUCAGGGAAAAACAGAUGUGUGUCGUCGAUGUGACGUGUGGGGCGUGGAAUACAUUUGCUUCUGUCGUUGAGAAGGAAGUAGCUACCUCGUAA